AUCGAAUGAUGGUGAUAAUGUAACAAUAGAUUUAUAUUUUAUUUAAUUAACUGUAUAAAAAGUUUACAAAUCCAUACGUGUUUGCAAGUCGUAUUUAGUGAGGAUAAAUUCGGAAAUUGGAGAGGAACGUGCAAUACGUGUAUUCCACGUGGCGUUCGUACUCUUGCAAGCGUCAUUUAUCGAGCGAGUGUCAAAAAAAAUCUAUACAUACGCUACAACUGACAGUGUAAUAUCGAUAGCAACAUGUCGCUUGGAUGGAAUUCUUCGAAGAAACACAGCGAACGCGAGAGAUGGGUAUGCAUCUAUCCAAUAUACAUAAAUAGCAAGAGAAGCUUGGCGGGCGGGCGUAAGCUAGCGAAGGAUAAGUGCGUGGAGAAUCCAACACAUCAGGAAAUACGGGACGUCCUAUUGCAGGCAGGCCUUAAUGUAGGCGUUGAGAAUAAGCUGCAUCCGAAGGAACGUAGCAAAGAACCUCUGUUCCGUGGUCGUAUUCGAGUGCAGCUGAAAAAUGACGACGGCACGCCGUAUCGGUCUGAGUUCCCCACUAGAGACUCCUUGCUCGAGUACGUCGGUACUUCAAUUUCAAAGCUGAAGACUCGUCAGGGUAAACAGAGCUCGAGUGAGCAAGCGUCACAGCCAUCUUCGUCGACUUCGAAGAAAGGGAAAGGCAAGGGAAGAAGAAUCAACUGGAAAGGAACUACAGUAACAGCAGUGACAUUAGUAGCAUCAGCAGCAAUAAGAGCACCAACAGGCAACCAGUGAAUGAAUUAACUGAGCAAUCUGUUUAUCUGUAUACUUAAUCAGAGUUG